UCAUUUCUGAUCUCUUACAUUAAGAUGGCCUCAAGAGUACUCAAAUUGUCAAGCUCAGUCUUCUUCUUGAUACUCUUUGUCUUUGUGUCUGAAUUUGCUACUGUCUCGUUGGCUUCUCUGAGGGUUGGGUACUACCAAAACAGUUGCCCAUCUGCAGAGGCAAUUGUGAGGAAAGUUGUGGAGAAAGCAGUGUCCAGGAACCUUGGCCUUGGAGCAGGUCUCAUCAGAAUGCAUUUUCAUGAUUGUUUUGUCAGGGGCUGUGAUGCAUCAGUCCUGCUGGAUUCCACUCCGGGCCGACGUUCCGAGAAACAACAUCCCGCCAACAACCCCAGCCUGCGCGGAUUCGAAGUGAUCGACGAGGCCAAGGCCGAGCUCGAAUUCGCCUGCCCAAGAACCGUCUCCUGUGCAGACAUCAUCGCAUUCGCUGCCCGCGACAGCGCCUACAGACUCGGCAACAUCAAGUACAUGGUCCCCUCAGGUCGUCGCGACGGCAGAAUUUCCCUGGAAGACGACGUCACCGCAAAUCUCCCCCCUCCCUCCUUCAACGCCGCGCAACUCGAACAAAAUUUCGCACGGAAAGGGCUUACGAUGGAAGAAAUGGUGACUCUCUCCGGGGCACAUUCCGUCGGAGUUUCACACUGUUCGUCUUUCUCAAACAGGCUUUACAGUUUCAACUCCACUCAUCCUCAGGACCCGUCCCUGGAUCCAGACUUGGCCAGGGAACUGAGGAAGAGCUGCCCCAGGCCUGACGGGGAAGCUGGAAAUAGUGAUCGCGUUGUGGCACUUGAUUUUGCGACGCCGAACAGAUUGGACAAUAGGUAUUAUCUGAAUUUGAAGAGUGGUCGGGUAUUGCUGACUUCGGAUCAGACACUUUUGAGCAGUGCGAGGAGUGGUUGGAUGGUGAGGAGGAACGCGAAGCAUGGUGCGUCUUGGGCUGGUAAGUUUGCGGAUGCAAUGGUGAAAAUGGGGUAUAUUGAUGUUCUCACAGGAAACCAGGGCGAGAUCAGGAACAAUUGCAGGUUUGUCAACUAGGAGAAAUGGGUAGCUAACUUGGGGAAAAUUCUUGCCCGAGCAGGUUUGGCUGAACCAAAUCGAUUAUAAAGUAAGUGCAUUGAACUGUUAUAUGAUUGAUUCAAGUUAGAUCGAGCCUAAUCCUGACUAGGAGAAGUUUUGUCGUUUGUUUCUUGGUUUUGUGUAUGUUUUUAUUCUUUAAUUCUUUGAUUAAUUGUAAUUAAAUUAUCUUGAAAUUGUAAUUUUUGAAAAGUUUUU